UUUUCAGCUUCUUUUGAAUACUCCAGGCAAGCUUAUGCUGAGUUGCCAAACAUGCAGACUCUAGUAAUGUUGGGGUGAAGAGAGCUGUUUACCAAGGGAGUUGCUGUGCAGCAUUUCUGUCGCAUUUUUCUGCUGUGUCUGCACCAGAUAAACAUUGUGUGACUUUUGAAUCUAGUCAUUUUCUGUUUGUUGCCUCAUCGAGCCGGUCCACCUUCAUUUUGACUUUCUGCUGUCUUAGAUGUCUGGUGAGAACAUCCUGUCUUCUCCAGAGAUCUGAAACGGGCAUUAUGUCUCAGCUCUUGCACAUGGAGAUCCCAAACUUCGGCAGCACUGUUCUGGACAGCCUGAACGAACAGCGGCUGCUGGGCCAGCACUGCGAUGUGGCCAUCAUGGUCAACGGACAGGCCUUCAAGGCCCACCGCGCCGUUUUGGCAGCUAGCAGCCUUUACUUCCGCGACCUGUUCAGCGGAAGUGCCCAGACGCUCUUUGAGCUGCCCUCGUCCGUGGCCCCAUCCUGCUUCCAGCAGAUCCUGUCUUUCUGCUACACGGGCAGGAUGACGGUGAGUGCCAGCGAUCAGCUGAUGGUCAUGUACACCGCAGGCUACCUUCAGAUCCAGAACAUCGUAGAGCGAGGAAUGGACCUCAUGUUCAAGGCCAGUGCUCCAUACUGCGACUCGCAGACAUCUGCCACAGACGAUCCCCCGAGUCCAAACAACAACAACUCCUCCCUGUUGCUAGGCGACCAGCCCACAACUGUCUGCAAGAUCAAGGAAGAGAAGCUGGAGACCCCGGUGUGUGCUCAGAACGGGGAGCUAAAGCACUCCGAGGAGGACAGGGGACCUAGGGGCAGAUCUUCAAGGAAUGGCACUCUUUUCUACACGAGUGGUGGCGCAAACGGGGUCAUACCCGUGAUGCAUGCUUAUGAGCACUCGUCCCGAGAUCACGCCAGUCCCGGUGCCUCUAGCCUCCCGACCACAGACAGCCCAACUUCACACCAAAAUGAGGAGGAAGACUUUGAAGACGACUCGUAUGAGAGCCUGACAAAUGGGAAGAUCUUCGGCGGCUCGUCCGGGAUAUAUAGCAUUCAAGAGAAGAUGGAGGUGUCCUCCCUUCCUCUGUCCUUGGAGAACCGUUUCUGUGUGCUGUUAGGAGGAGACAGAGAGGCUCUGCCUGCCGGACUCAUCAGCCAGAUCGGCUACCGCUGCCACCCUGCUCUCUACACGGAGGGCGACCCUGGAGAGAGGCUGGAGCUGAUUGCAGGAUCUGGUGUCUUCAUGACUCGUGGGCAGCUUAUGAACUGUCACCUCUGUGCUGGGGUCAAACAUAAAGUCUUGCUGAGACGUCUUCUGGCUGCUUUUUUUGACAGGAACACAUUGGCUGACAGCUGUGGGACUGGAAUACGUUCUUCCAACUGUGAUCCAAAUCGCAAACCACUGGACAGUCGCAUACUCAAUACAGUCAAACUCUACUGUCAGAACUUUGCCCCUAACUUCAAAGAAAGUGAGAUGAAUGUCAUUGCCGCAGACAUGUGCACCAAUGCCCGGAGAGUUCGCAAGCGCUGGCUCCCCAAGAUCAAGUCCAUGCUUCCGGAGGCGAUAGAGGUGUACAGGGGUACUGCGGUCCUGAGCCAGGUGGAAGGAGCUACCCAGCCAGGCGGUGGCUUUCCCUUUGAGUCAGAGUUCAAACACCUGGCAGCGUCAAAUCUGACUCUUGAGCAGCAUCUCUAUGGAGACUGUAGAGAGACACUGAGGAAUGGCUCUCACUUCAAUAUGGAAGAGAGGUCCCAAAAAAGUGAAGAAGCCAAGACUGAGCCAAGCCGAGUUAAAGAGCCAGACAACCCGCAGGAAGUUGAAAGGCUACCGGAGAGUCCCGAGAGAGCGGCCAGCGUGCUCGCCCUCAACCCUGCCAGCAAGAAAGGGGAAAAAGAGCGUGCAACCAGCAGCCCCAGAUCACAGAGAGAGGAACAGAGCAGACAGAGACCACUAAAAGACGAUCAGUGAUGUCCCCCACUUCAUACUAUUAAAAACUGGUCUGCAGCUUCUCACACCAAAAAGGAUCAUUAUCAGUAAAGGCAACCUCCCAUGCCACUGAACAUUACAUUAAAGCUGCAUGAUCAUGGGGACUGGACAUACAACAUUUUUUUCCAGGACAGACUGAAAAACGUCUGCAUUAAAUACAGUUGUGAAUACAAGUUUAUCUACCUCUUGAAGAAUCUACAAAAUGUUUGUUUCUUUUAAAAUAGAGGGAUCAUAACAAUUGCAUUUUAGUUUAUUACUCAGCUUAAGAAGCUCUUUGAAAGAUAUUUACAUUUAUUCCACAAGACAAAAUGAUUAAAUUUACACACCUGACCCUUUUCAAAGGUUUAUAUACCCUUGGAUUUUAAUAUUGUAUAUUGCCUCCUCAAGCAUCAAUGAUUGUUUGUAGGUCUUUUGCGAUAGUUGUGCAUAAGUUUCUAUUUUGUCCUGAGCAGUUAAGCUGUUCUUGAAAAAGCCUCCAGGUCCAGUAAGUUAUUUGGUUUCCCAGCAUGCUCUGCACAUUUGAGUUCUUCCCUACAGUGGCUAUAUAAUGCUGAUAUCCAGCUUUUCUGCUCUGGACAAUUGAGGGACUGGUGCAAAACUGUGAUGCUUGAGGCAACUUGCAAUAUUAAGAAUCAAGGGUAUGGAAACAUCCGAUUAGGAUUUUUGUGUAGUUUGGUUUUUCUUAUGAAAUUCACACAAAUAUCUUUUAUGCUUCUUCUACUAAACUAAACAAUUUCCUGAUCUUAUUUAAAAAAAAAAAUACAAAAUACUGGUUCCCCAAGGGGUAUGCAAACAUUUGAGCACAACUGUCUAAAACAUUGUAAGGAUCUUUAAAGAAGCCACUUAGCAUACGUAAAUACCGGCACAUAUACAAGCCCAGUACAUUAAGGCAAUCUGCAGU